AUGAAGCUGGACAUCUCCUUCCCAGGCACUUGCUGCCAGAAGCUCACCGAAGUGGAUGAUGAACGCAAACUUCGUACAUUUAAUGAGAAGUGUAUGGCCACAGAAGUAGCCGCUGACACUCUGGGUGAAGAGUGGAAGGGUUAUGUUGUCCCAAUCGGUGGUGGAAACAACCAACAAGGUUUCCCCAUGAAACUGGGUGUCUUGACCCAUGGCCAUGCCCGCCUCUUACUGAGUAAGGGGCAUUCCUGUUACAGACCAAGGAGAACUGGAGAAAGAAAGCACGAAUCUUUUCGGGGUUGCAUCGUGGAUGCCAAUCUGAGUGUUCUCAACCUGGUUAUUGUAAAAAAAGGAAAGAAGGAUAUUCCUGGACUGACUGAUACUACUGUGCCUUGUAGCCUGGGGCCCAAAAGAGCUAGCAGAAUCCACAAACUUUUCAAUCUCUCUAAAGAAGAUUAUAUGUCCACCAGUAUGUUGGUGAGAAAGCCCCUGAACAAAGAAGGUAAGAAACCCAGGACUGAAGCACCCAAGAUGCAGUGUCUCGUUAUUGCACUGAAGAGAAAGCAUACUAAGGAAAAUAAGAAAAAGGCCACAGAAUAUGCUAAACUCUUGACCAAAAGAAUGAAGGAGGCCAAAGAAAAAUGCCAGGAACAGAUUGCCAAGAGACAGAGGGCUGCACUGAGAGCUUCUACCUCUAAGUCUGAGUCCAGUCAAAAAUAAGAUUUUCUAAGAGUAACAAAUAAAUAAGACCAGACAUUAAAUCUUCUUUAAGCAUUUUCACUGAUGAAAAGCUAGAUAAGGAGACUUGGUCCUUGUAAUCCUGUGUGGGUAGAAAAGGGACUGUAAAGCAAUCUAACAGUGGACAAAUCUUGCAUGAUACUGCAAAUAGAGAGAACUUCAUGAUGAUGCAAGAGAUGGUCAAGCCGGUUUCAUUUGUAAGUAGUGGAUGGCACAUAGAGGGGAUCUGUUGCCUUUUCAGCAAGGUAUGAAAUAAAAACUUAAGGAAAAGAAGUGGCCAGGACUAUAUAUCUUGUAUACAGUUUACUUUGAGGAAUACAGUUUUUCUUAAGAUCUAUAAAAAAUUUAAUACAUGAAAGUGCCCUUGUGAAGAUGGACAUUUUUCAUAUGUAUAAAAAAAUUGUUAAAGUAUA